AUGUCAGUCGGUUCAUUAUCUAUCUAUCUAUCUAUCUAUCUAUCUAAAUCUGAUUCUCUAUUGAUUUAUCUGUCUAUGUUAGUUUAUCAUCUAUCCGUUUCGUCAACUAUUUAUCUCUUUUUGUCUUAUCUAUCUAUCUAUCUAUCUAUCUAUCUAUCUAUCUAUCUAAGUCUGAUCGUCUACUUAUCUUCUUAUGAUCUAUCUAUCUAUCUAUCUAUCUAUCUAUCUAUCUAUUCUCUAUCUAUGAUCCUAUCUAUCUAUCUCUAUCUGUCCGUCUUGAUUUAUCUGUCUAUAUCUUUAUCUAUCCGUUUCUCAUAUUUAUCUCUCUAUUUAUCUUAUCUAUCUAUCUAUCUAUCUAUCUAUCUAUCUAUCUAUUCUCUAAGUGAUCGUCUACUUAUUUGUCUAUCUGUCCGUCUCAUCUAUCUAUCUAUCUAUCUAUCUAUCUAUCUAUCUAUCUAUCUAUCUAUCUAUCUUUAUCUAUCUAUCUAUUUAUCAUCUAUUCUCUCAACUAUUUAUCCUUUUUGUCUUAUCUAUCUGUCCGUCUCAUCUCUUAUGAUCUAUCUAUCUAUCUAUCUAUCUAUCUAUCUAUCUAUCUACUAA